AUGAGUAAUAUUAAUAACUCAGCUUUUCCUGAUAAUAAUAGAGAGACUCCUACUACGCCACAUAUACAAGCAGAAAUAUUAAACGUAAAUGUAAAUGGUCCUACAACUAGUAUUGCUAAUCAUUUAAGAACAAAACAUCGAAUAAUUGAAGAAAGAGCUGAAGGAGCAGAAAUUAUUCUACCAGAUUUUGAAAAUAUAAUAAUUUAUUAG